AGUGGGUUGGUUAGAAGUGUUGUCGCGGACAACGCCCACGGAUGUGUCAGCGUGACCCUAAAGUUACUAUUUUGGGCUGAUAGAGAAUACACAAUAGUGCGCGGUGGGCUUUGCGUCAGGCGGCGCGCUCACUCAUUCUGCGCAUUUCUGGACAGGUUCAGUCGUGAGCGCGGAAACGGCACAUCAAGUGCCUCAACGAGGAAUCAAACUGAUUCUUCAGGUUAUCACUCCGUGAGACCUACACGAGCACAUUCGCAUCAGAUUCUCACUCGUAGACAUCCAGUUAGGAGCACAAACCUUUAUUGUCCACACCUGUAUCAAGCCAAAGGGGCAGUUUUUGUGACCUGCUCUCCUUUCACACCUUUAAUUGUCAGGAUCACCACGACACGGCACAACCAUGCCCAAGAGCAGUAAAGUGACUCAACUCGAGCACAGUAAUGAGCAUGUCACGGAGUCUGUGGCCGACCUCCUUGCGCUGGAGGCUCCCAUGGACUACAAGAGCAGUCAGAUGAGCAUGAACAUGGCAGGAGGGGGCCCUCCACCCAUAGGCAAACCAGACAUCUCCCCUGACCUAGAAGAUGGGCGCCCUGCUUGGAACAGUAAGCUGCAGUACAUCCUGGCCCAGGUGGGCUUCUCAGUGGGCCUGGGUAACGUGUGGCGUUUCCCUUAUCUUUGCCAGAAGAAUGGAGGAGGUGCCUACCUUGUUCCAUACUUCAUCCUUCUUAUCCUUAUUGGCAUCCCACUCUUCUUCUUGGAGCUGGCGGUUGGCCAGAGGAUCCGUCGAGGGAGCAUAGGAGUGUGGAAUUAUGUUUGUCCACGACUCGGUGGCAUUGGAGUGUCCAGCCUGAUGGUGUGUGGUUUUGUGGGUCUGUACUAUAAUGUGAUUAUCGGCUGGAGCAUCUUCUACUUUUUUCAGUCGUUUCAGUAUCCUCUGCCCUGGAGCGACUGUCCCAUCAGGAGGAACGGCAGCCAAGCCAUUGUGGAGCCUGAGUGUGAGAAGAGCUCAGCAACCACAUACUUCUGGUACCGCGAGACCCUGAACAUCACCAGCACAAUCGCAGACAGCGGGGGUCUGAACUGGAGGAUGACUCUGUCGCUGCUGGGUGCCUGGAUAAUUGUCUGCCUGGCUGUAAUAAAGGGCAUUCAGUCUUCUGGGAAGGUGAUGUAUUUCAGUUCUCUAUUUCCAUACGUGGUGCUCUUUUGCUUCCUGGUGAGAGGGCUGUUUCUUAAAGGAGCAGUUGACGGCAUUGCUCACAUGUUCACACCAAAGCUGGAGAUCAUGUUGGAGCCGCAGGUGUGGCGUGAAGCUGCCACUCAAGUCUUCUUUGCUCUUGGUCUGGGUUUCGGUGGAGUUAUCGCUUUUUCCAGCUACAAUAAGAGAGACAACAACUGCCAUUUUGAUGCCGUGCUGGUCUCCGUUAUCAACUUCGUGACCUCUAUACUGGCCACACUCGUGGUGUUUGCUGUGCUGGGUUUCAAAGCCAACGUCAUGAAUGAGAAAUGUGUGGUGGAGAAUGCUGAGAAGAUUCUGGGCUACUUGAACUCAAAUGUGCUGAGUCAGGAUCUCAUCCCCCCUCACGUGAACUUCUCCCACCUCACCUCGUCAGACUAUGCCGAGAUGUACAGCGUAAUAAAGAUUGUGAAAGAGGACAGUUUUGCGCAGCUGGGGCUGGAGCCGUGUCUGCUGGAGGAUGAGCUCAAUAAGGCUGUUCAAGGCACCGGUCUGGCUUUUAUUGCCUUCACUGAGGCCAUGACCCAUUUCCCCGCUUCUCCCUUCUGGUCUGUCAUGUUUUUCUUCAUGUUGAUAAACCUGGGCCUGGGCAGCAUGAUUGGCACCAUGACUGGCAUCACCACACCCAUUCUGGAUACUUUCAAAAUUCGGAAAGAGGUCCUCACAGUGGGCUGCUGUAUUGUGGCUUUUUUGUGCGGCUUGCUGUUUGUCCAGCGUUCAGGGAACUACUUUGUUGCCAUGUUUGAUGACUAUUCUGCUGGUCUGCCCCUCACCCUUGUGGUGAUCCUGGAGAAUGUAUCUGUAGCCUGGAUCUAUGGCACCAAGAGGUUCAUGCAGGAUCUGGAAGACAUGCUGGGUUUCAGACCGCACACUGUUUACUUCUACCUGUGGAAGUAUGUGUCUCCAGUGUGUCUGCUCAUACUGAUUUCUGCCAGUGUGGUAGAGAUGGCCAUCAGCCCUCCGGGAUACAAUGCAUGGGUGCAAGACCUGGCCAUGGAGAGGUUUCAGAGUUAUCCUCCUUGGGCACUAGCCAUGUGUUUUGCUCUGAUCAUUGUGGCCAUGCUUCCUCUUCCAUUGGUCUUUAUUGCACGUCACUUCAACUGGAUCCCAGACGGCUCCAACAAGCUGUCCGUCUCUUACCGCAAGAGCCUGACAAAGGAGGCUUCCACCCUGGAAGAUGAGACGAGGUUCAUCCUCGGGAAGAACCCCAGCGAAGCCCCUUCUCCCAUGCCCAGCCACAGGGCCUAUCUGGGCCCCGGCAGCACCUCUCCUGUGGAGCUCAUCACCAACUCUACCUCCAUCAGCGGCUAUGGCAGCGGUUACCAGACCAACCCCGCCCCUCCCAAAUCUGAGUCAUGAUCCUCCAACCCACCGACCAGAGACUGAGACGGAAAGAGAAAGAAGAUGCUGAACAGAUGAGAAGGUCCUAGUGUUGGUCACACCUUAACCCAAGCCAUCCAAAGGAGCAGGAUGACAAGAAAACAGACAGAAAGACACAGAGAUCCUUCCUAGACAGGUUCCCCUGGGCCCAAUUAUUCAUACGGACUACAGAUGUUGGUCUGAAGGUGAAAGAGAGCCUGAAGCUUUCAGAUCAAAAUGUAAGGUGGCUUAUUUGGUGAGUUGGUAAGUUAUUUUUUGCAUACAUGUAAAUAUGUCAACUCUAAGAAGGUUCAAACAUUCAAGCUUCAGGUUUGGUCUCUGUGACUGGUUCGGAGUCAUAGGGAUGGUGAGAGCUGAGGUGAUAGUUGUCGCUCAGAUUAAGGUGUUACCAAUGCUGCUGAAAUCUAGACAUCUUACAAAAUGCGCAAGAUACGAGAUGCCAUGCAAGAAAUUUCAUUUAAACUCAUCUUUA